AGAGUCUCGUUUCUUGAAAAACUAUUUUAAAAAUAUAUUUAAAAAUAUUAAUUUACUCCAUUGACAAUGGUCAUCACUAAGCUGCCACGGAAUCCUGGGCCAAAAUACAACCUGAGUAACAUGACACGUCUCGGGCCCGUCACAACAAACGGGGCCUCGCUGGCGCCGAAGUAUAAGGAGAUUCGUACAACGCGUACGCCCGGGCCGGCCGCUUACAACACCGUGCCCUGCAUGUCCGCCACUUUGCCCACGAUACCGUCGUGUUUCAUAGGGUUAGUAUACCAGUAUUAUGUACAAGUGAUUAGACGGAACUGUAUGAAGAAAUCGUUUCGCACACCGGCGCCGAACGCUUACGCCUUGGCCACCACCAUCGGCAACCAGGUGCCCAAUAUUCCGUCGGCUCCGAUGCACACGAUUUUGGGACGGCACGAUGAACCGGGACGUGGCGGCGGCAGACGGGGCGCGGCGUGGUACAAGUCCCCAGGACCGGCGCGCUACUCGGCCGUGGCGUUAGAACACGUCAAGAAGCAGACGCCCAGGCCCGUGAUUCUCGGACGCUAUGAUCCGAAAAUGAGAGGCAAACGUACACCCGCUCCCAACGCCUACUUCCCCCCCGCCGGACCGGCGUCACCCUUCGCCAACGCGCCACAGUACACGAUUGGUGGCCGAAUGAAGCGUGCGGCAAAUCCGUUUUACACGGCCGCGGACAAAGUGCCCGACUGGGAGUGAUUUUUAAACAAGUCAAACCAAAAACAGCAUAAUACAUUACCUAUAUUGAAUAUCGAAUCCGGACGAAUAGGUACCUUUCGUUUGUGCCAUAGAGUAAUAUUACUCUAUGGUUUGUGCUCAUAUCCUUUCAAAGGUUAGUGGCAAUUUAUUUAGACAACGAUUUCCGGAUUUUGCGCCCAAGGGCGAACAUUUAUGGCGCCUCUUUUCAACAUUUUUUUUAACAUAGUAGUCGUAGUUAAUUUUUUUUUUCUUAGGAUCAUAAAAUUAAUUUUUUAACUAUGUUUCCCUUUCUCAAUGACAACUUUUAUUUGCAGUUAAUUCUUAGCAAUGUUUAGCCUUUUUAAAAGUAUAUCGUUCCGUACACCAGCACCAGGUU